AUCGUGCCUAAUUGUUUACAAUCUGUUCGACGAAACAUGGCUGCUGUCGAGUGAGCUGUUGACGGUGUUCCGAACAGUUACAAAUCACUUAUAUAUGUUCUCUUUAAUGCUUCCUUUUAAAUAUUUUAAUUCAUAACAGUGUAUUGUAACGGGGAUUAGUUUCAGUAGUUUUCGUUUUACUUUGGAACAGAUUCCUUCACCCGCGACAACGCGCCAGUUAGCAUCACUAGCUAACUAGCUCAAGGAGAACAAUGACGGCAAGCUCAUCGGGUGGAAACACCUGUCUCACUGCUAAAGGGUUGGACAUUAGUCUCGCAGCUCUGCAAAGACAAGAUCCUUACAUCGACAACAUUGUAGAUGUGGCGAGUCAAGUGGCGUUGUAUACUUUCAACAACCGAUCAAAUGAAUGGGAGAAGACUGACGUGGAGGGGACCCUGUUUGUCUAUACAAGGCUAGCAUCUCCCAGACACGGCUUCACCAUAAUGAACAGGCUGAGUAUGGAGAACCUGACUGAACCCAUCACUAAAGACCUGGACUUCCAGCUGCAGGAUCCGUUCCUGCUCUACAGGAAUGCUCGCUUAGCUAUCUAUGGCAUCUGGUUCUAUGAUAAGGCGGACUGCCAGCGCAUCGCAGAGCUUAUGAAGUAUCUGACGAAACAGGAACAGGCCCAGCGGGGUCAACGGGGUCAGGGGGGCUUGGUGUCUCCUCGAGCCCUGGAGGCAGCAGGGGACCCUGGGAAGGGACAAGGAGUGGACAUCCUGCAGAUGCUGACCAAAGCACGCAAUGAGUAUGACAAGGGUGGCCAACCAGAGCCUAAAGAGAUCGGAGGGUGUAGUGUCCUUAAUACCAACCCCAGCCUGAUCAAACCUAUCCCUGUCAAGCCUAUGGAGAGAUAUCCCCAGCCUGGGAUACAGGAGAGGCCUGUUCAGGAUGGUCGAGGAGAGCCCAGGCCUCUCUCUCUGGCCACUCUGUUUGGUGUCCAGCAGCCCAGAGCAGAGCUGGUCUCUCCCAUGGCUGGGUCAGGAGGUCCAGGGUCCCAGCCCCAGGGGAAGCCUGGAGGUGUCCGCCCGGCGGUGGCCCGCUCCUUGUCCUACGACGACCCAGUCCAGGCCCAGCCCCAUCUCCAGGCCCAGGAAGGGGGUCUGAUCUCAGCUAGCAGCCCCCCGCAGCACUGCCCUGCCUUCCAGAAGCUCAUGAAGGAUGCCGCCUCCUCCUCCCAGCCUCAGAAGCAGCUCCAGAGAGGAGGUCCUAUGGAGCAGCUCCAACCCGUCUGCGAGUCACCCGAGAACAGACUGCAUGAGAACGGAGCCCCCUCUGUCCUCCACCAUCAGACCCAGGCCAGACAAGACCCCAUCCAGAGACUGUUCCAGAACCAGCCCACUUCCACCACCCCUUCAAUGACCACCUCCGCUCCCUGUUGUCCUCGUCCUCCUCCUCUCAUCCCUGGUCUCCAGUCUGCCCGUCCUCAGCCUCUCCUGGUGGAUGCUUUGGGCUUCCCUGGUUCUCAACACCAUCACCUCUCUCCUCACCAGGCCCGGCCGUUGUACUUCAGCCCCACCAAGCCCCCCCAGAUGCUGGUCCCCAUGUUGCCCUCACACCCCUCCCAGUCUCAACCUCCCCACCAACCCCAGCCUGGUCAUCCUCAGUCACAGCCCUGUCACCCUUUCCACCCCUUCCAGCACCCCCAGCCCAUAUACCUCCAACCCCUGCCAUGUCACCCCCAGCCGGGGCAGCUAACCGGUGUCGUCUCCCCCCAUGAGCUGCUCCAGAGGCUGCAGCUGGUUCAACAGGAGCAGAGUCUGGUCCCGGAGCCCACUAGGCCUUCCUCUAACCUGGCUCCUCGCUUCCACGAGCCAGCCCCUCUAGCCCCCUCAGCCCCCCCAGCCAUGGGGCAGCACGGCCAGCAGUCGGCUCAUUCUACAGCCAGGUCUCUGGACAGUUUGGCUGACAAGAACUCUGCAGGCACCGCUGCUCAGAAGUUCCAGGUGAUCUCCCCCCAGCGUAUCCCAGCCACAGUGGCACCUACCCUGCUCCUGUCCCCCAGUGUCUUCUCCCAGGCCAAGCGCCCCCAGGCCAAAGCCUCUGGGGACACCCACUGCCCCCCUGGCCCUCAUCCUCCCUCAGCCCUCCUGGCCCCACAGGCCCCAGACGACCCCCAACCCAGGGGCCUCUCUAAGAGCCAGCUCCAGGCCACCCUGCUGCACCUCAUACAGAACGACAGUUCCUUCCUGGAUACCAUCUAUGAGUCCUACGCCCAACGCUUCUCCACGGACGCCACUGCGAACAAGUUCUGAGGCACCCAAUAGAGACAUGUUUCAGGGUCCUGUUGAAUGAGGCACCCAAUAGAAACAUGUUUCAGGGUCCUGUUGAAUGAGGCACCCAAUAGAAACAUGUUUCAGGGUCCUGUUGAAUGAGGCACCCAAUAGAAACAUGUUUCAGGGUCCUGUUGAAUGAGGCACCCAAUAGAAACAUGUUUCAGGGUCCUGUUGAAUG